UUUGGAAUUUUUUCUUGGGUGGAUGUCCGGAAUCCGACACACAUUCUUCCUCGUUCACCUGUCCGUCUUGGCUCUUUUGGUUGCAAAAGAUGCCUCUCCUGCUGCCGCGCUCGAGCAGAAAGCGAUGCACUCCAUCGAGGUCCGCAUACACACGGAGGAUCACCACUUCGCCACAACAAGUGUGCGUCUGUCUGUCUGUCUGUACGUGUGUGUGAGUGACUGCAGGACAUGUUAUGCUUUAUCUUCCCCGAGACCUGCCCUCUGCCACUCACUCCGUAGGCGCACGAGUGACCACACAAGCGAAGCAAACGCUGGUGCUGUCCCCAUUCCAGGUCGCCGUUCCUCACUGCGCGGCACUUGAGUUACGAGCCAGGUGAGAGAGGCUGGCUACUAGAGGUGCCCGACUGUCGAUGCCCGCUUCAUCAGACAUGAGCGACGAGUUCGACAGCAGGGGAUUGAAUGAGUCCAGAUGGGAUCUGCGAAGAGACGAUUGCGGCAUCGGCAAUGACACGAUCUGCUCCCCUGAGAAUGUGAUGGUCGAGGGAGGUCUCCUCAAGCUCAGGGGGAGGCUGGAUGGUCCUCUGGCCCUUGGUGCUGGCAUUGUCGCGAAAACGCCGAUGACGCAUGGCGCGUGCGAGGUGAAGCUGCGCUUUAAGGACAGGUGAGCACAGCAGAAGCAAAUCGUCCGUGGGAAAUAUGGCAACGUACAAUGUGUUUGUCCAGAUUUGGGUGGCACGAGGUGGGCAGAUACACUUCACAGUGUCUGUAUGUGGGCCUCUGCAUCUACCUGGCUCCCCGCUUGCAGGCUGCGUGGGCGAGGGGCGUCCCUGCAAUGGCAUCUCGUGGGGACUUCGAUUGGGGAGCAUUCAAUCGGCUAGAGAUUGACAUGUUCGAAGUACGACACAGACGGCACAUAUGGAUGGCACACAUGAUGGCUCUCUGCGUCUUUCGUAAGGCCGUGUGUUGCGCGUGUCUUGUUUAGAAUUGGUUCAACGGGCACAUGACGCAAGGGGGCUACAUGUGGCUGGGAGAGGAGGAAACAGCACGAGCAAUGGACAAGCCCUUUUUCCGCGCCGAAGGCAAGACAUUCGUCGGCCACCUGCCUUUCACAGGCAACGACUAUCCUUACUCAGCUAUCCCUCGUCCCCACAAGUGGCACAUCUACGGGUAUGAAGCGAAUGAUAAGUAUUGGGCCUUCUAUAUCGGCGGCAAGCUCAUGUACGGGGGCAAGAAAGAGAUUAUCGACGUAAGGGACAUCUACUCUCUUCCAAACUUCCGCCCACAAGUGAGCGACUCAGUGACCUACUCGGGCUGAGUAGGUGUGUAUUGUGUGUGUCUUGAUCAGCAUUUUGUCAUGUUCAACGUCUUAGCGACGAAGGGUCAGUCUCUGCGUGACGGUAUCGAGCCUACCGCUGGCAUGGACGUAGAUUGGGUCCGAUGCUACUCCUACAAUGAUCAGGAGGGAGCCGCCAGCGCCCACAUGUCGGGCAUUUGGGAGACCUAUCCCCGGCUGAUGCCGGAAUGCAUCAGCGAUCCUACGCGCGUGGAUGACCCGGAGUGGACCAACGGUUCAUGCAGGUCGGCACGAGACACAGAGACAGAGAUAGAUAGCCACUCAGCAACAGAGACAUGCUGUCACGCUCAUGAGAUUUCGCGCAUGGAUGUUUCAGGAGGCAAGACGUGGUCGCUGGGGCCGGCCCUGAUGGUGGCCAGACAGCCACAUGGUACCAGCUGGCCAUUAAACUGAUGCAACGCUUGCGGAACGAGACUGGGAUGACUUCUGAGGACAUCGCGCCUAUUUGCCAGCAGCUGGACGGGGGCAGGGGCGAGCGGCGUGUGACGAUGGGCAAUGAGUCGUGGGUGCCGCUCGCGUAUGCCGUUUGUGCAAGCAGGGUGCUCCCGCGUGCCCUAAAAUGAUCGUUGUACGGCUAAUCGGCAGCAUUUGUGUUUUCUGUGCGUUUUCCCGGCUUUCAUAUAUUUGUGUAGAGUGCCCCUUUGAGAACCCCAAUAGGGGUUGGCGUUUUUGUAUUUUGUGCACGUGCUGUGCUUGCAAGCUGCUGGUGGAUGGGGUGAAUGCGUGUAUGCACAAAGAUGCAUUCUGCAGUUUGCUUGACAAUGAUAGAGAUACAUUGAGAUAUGUCCCGUCAGGCACGGAAUUAUUAAUGCACA